GUCAUCUUGAGAAAAAAAUCCCCAGUUUGCUUCCUGCGGACGACGACGAGUAGUGCCGCGCGAAAAUUGCAUUUUUCUCGGUGAAAACUGCUCCCGAAGUGGUCAAUUCCGUCGGAAAGUAGUGCCCGCGAGUGUCCACCACCAUUUCCCGAUAAAAUGAUUCCGUUUUCAAGCAGCGCAGCGCUGCCCGCGACAGUGUUUUAAAACUGCGAAACAAAAAAAAGUUCGGGAUCGCCUCCCUGCUGCUACUGCUGUCAUCGGGCAAUCAUCAUCAUCGUUGUUCCCGUAGAAUCAUCAUCACUACCAUCAGUGGUGUGUUGUGUGCGUAGGAAAAUAACAUCUCGUGUCCCACCGUAAGAGGGUUGCGAUCCCGUUGUUUUUGUGUGGGGAUCUGGUGUUGUUGGGAUUCGUGGCGUAUCAGAGGUCAAUCCGGAGACAGGAAGUUCGAUUGGGGUGUUGCGAAUCGUUGCUAAAGAAGAGCACCGUGCGUUGGCCGAAGGAAAAAGGGUGGUGAAUCGCUCUUUUUUACGGCCAGAGUCCGCAGGAAAAGUUACAAAGAUAGAUACCGUGUGGGGUUGGGCCUCUGCCCCGCUGCGUCUAGCGGCUAACAGAAUGGGCGACGUACUGAUUUCCGAUCGCCCUCCGUCUCCAGCGAGACUCUCACACACAUCGGAGAAACACCCGCGAGUAACACUGACCGAGCUGAAUGUUCUGCGCCGCCACCGGGAACUGUGCGAUGUGGUCAUCAACGUAAGCGGUCGGAAGAUUUUUGCCCACCGCGUGAUUCUGUCGGCAUGCAGUCCCUACUUUCGGGCCAUGUUCACCGGCGAGCUGGAGGAAUCGCGCCAGACUGAGGUCACCAUUCGGGACAUUGACGAGAACGCCAUGGAACUGUUGAUUGAUUUUUGCUACACAUCGCAUAUCGUAGUGGAGGAAUCGAACGUGCAAACCCUGCUUCCGGCGGCGUGUCUGCUACAAUUGGCCGAAAUACAGGACAUUUGUUGCGAGUUUUUGAAACGGCAACUGGAUCCUACGAACUGUUUGGGCAUUAGGGCAUUUGCCGAUACGCAUUCCUGCCGCGAGUUGCUUCGAAUUGCGGAUAAAUUCACGCAGCACAACUUCCAGGAAGUGAUGGAGAGCGAAGAGUUUUUGCUGCUUCCGGUCGGUCAAUUAGUGGAUAUCAUCUGUAGCGACGAAUUGAAUGUGCGUUCUGAGGAGCAGGUAUUCAACGCAGUGAUGGCCUGGCUGAAGUAUAACGUUGCUGAACGGCGACAACAUUUGGCCCAAGUUCUGCAGCACGUUCGGAUGCCUCUGCUGAGCCCGAAAUUCCUAGUGGGAACAGUUGGAUCGGAUCUUCUGGUGCGAUCGGAUGAAGCCUGUCGAGAUUUGGUGGAUGAAGCGAAGAAUUAUUUACUGCUUCCGCAGGAGCGACCUUUAAUGCAAGGCCCUCGAACUCGUCCACGGAAACCUACGCGAAGGGGAGAAGUUCUUUUCGCAGUCGGAGGAUGGUGUUCCGGUGAUGCGAUCGCUUCGGUUGAACGGUUCGAUCCGGAGACAGCCGAUUGGAAGAUGGUAGCUCCAAUGAGUAAGCGUCGCUGUGGCGUUGGAGUAGCCGUACUGAAUGAUCUCCUGUACGCCGUUGGAGGACACGAUGGCCAGAGUUAUCUGAACAGUAUCGAACGAUACGAUCCGCAAACAAAUCAAUGGAGCUGUGACGUUGCUCCUACUACUAGCUGUCGAACCAGCGUCGGUGUUGCCGUACUAGAUGGAUUCCUGUACGCCGUCGGUGGCCAGGAUGGAGUGCAGUGUUUAAACCAUGUCGAACGAUACGAUCCGAAGGAGAACAAAUGGUCCAAAGUGGCUCCGAUGACCACACGGCGAUUGGGCGUGGCCGUAGCAGUGCUAGGGGGCUACCUUUAUGCCAUCGGUGGAUCCGAUGGUCAGUGCCCACUCAAUACGGUGGAAAGGUAUGACCCGAGGCAGAACAAGUGGUGCGCCGUGAGUCCUAUGUCGACCCGGCGGAAGCAUCUGGGCUGUGCUGUGUUCAACAACUUCAUCUACGCCGUUGGAGGACGGGACGAUUGUAUGGAACUGUCGUCGGCCGAGCGGUACAAUCCGCAUACGAACUCGUGGAGUCCCAUAGUGGCCAUGACGUCCAGGAGGAGUGGGGUUGGACUAGCAGUGGUGAAUGGCCAGCUGUAUGCCGUGGGUGGCUUCGACGGCACUGCCUAUCUGAAAACGAUCGAAGUGUACGAUCCCGAAACGAACCAGUGGCGACUAUGCGGCUGUAUGAACUAUCGACGACUAGGCGGUGGCGUUGGCGUCAUGCGAGCUCCGCAAACCGAAAACUACAUGUGGAUUCGAAAAGAUUCUGUUGUUUAACAUUCAUACACACUCGACUAAUUUUGCAAAUUACCCUAGUACGCAAAAUCGAUCACAAACACACUGGCAGGGGCGUGCGUAGGCGCGCAACACUUUGGGGGCUCUUGCGUUUCAUUAAGAGCGAUCGGUCUGCUCUACUAAACAAUUGACAACGGUGACGGCAGAGUGGCAGCGGCGGCGACAUGGUAGAUGGCUGCCUGCCGUUAGGAAUCAAUCAAAUGCUCGCUGAAACUAUGCGAAAGGGACUGAGUAUCAAAGAUAGAGAAAGUGCAGUAUAACAUACUGCAGAUCCGAAUAAUGGCAUUCAUGAUGGAUGCUCAAUUCCUUCCGAUUCUCCGGCGUGGAAAACGAAUGAGAUUCAAGAAGUGGAGGAAUUUAAAUUCGAUUUAGGAAUUAUUUAUAAAUUUCGAGACAAAUCGCACCACCAUCGCCACGUAUCACCAUACAGUUGCACUUGCACACGUUCACACACCACGCUGCUAGACGUUAGUGAAAGAAAUGAUAGGCUAGCUUAGUUGAAAUAUGUUUUAUGUCAUAGUCGCACCCCGAUCCGACCAGCCCCCGUCAUCACCCAAUCAUUUCGAUAGUAGGUACUUUGUUCCUAAAUCAUCAAAUUUAUGUGCUGAAAGUAACCUGGUUCGUUUCGAUCAGUGUAUCAUUAUUCGCUAAUAUUUGUGUAACACAAAGCCUACCAUUACAUUUUUUUUAUUUUUAUUUUUGAAACAUUUUUUUGUUUGUUUUGUUUUUGAUCUCAUCCCGCUUUCCACCGCCAACGUUUAUUAUUUCUUACUAUUUUGUGUUUGUUUUUGUAAGUAACGUGUUUUCUUCAAUUUUCAACUCCAAGAAUCCCAUAUAGCAUUAUUAGAUUGUGUAUUUAUAAAAAUGAAAAAUGAAUGAGCGAUAAAUCUUAAAGGUUCGCAAUCGAAAUCCUUUGCUAAAUUCUCUAUGUGAUUAAUAUUUAAGGAAAUAAAAUGAAAAAUGGGAAGUAUAAAAGCGAAUAAAAAUCAUUAAGGUAAAGUUUUUUUUUUCUUAUUUUUUACUGGCAAUCAAUUAUUCUCUCAAAACAAAGCAUUGAUGUGCUUCGAGUUGGAAUUUAGAACUUCAAUUCAUACAAGAUGAUGGAAGCAAAAUGAACAGUAGAAACUUAUACAAAGAAACCAAAAUUUUAACGCUUAAAUGAUUCUAAGCAGAGAAACUGCCUGCUCUCUCAUAUUUUGUUGUGUAGAGAAGAUGAGAGAGAGAGUAAACAAGAAAGAAGACAAAAACAGUAAACGUUUCCUGUUUUUAUUCUGUUUAAAUUUCCUCCCUCACGUUGGGAGCACGUUCGCAACGCAACGCAAUCAGGGAGGAAACGAUUGAUGAUUAAACUGAUAUUAGGUACUGCAUAUUUAGUUUUUUUUUUAAAUUAAUUUUUAUAUUAUGACCUGAAGUCCUUACUAUUGACUAAAUUAUUAUAGUAGGAUAAAAAUUGUUAAAUAAAGAAAAAAAAGUGUAGAUAAUAAGAAA